AUGGCAACCCCGGCGCUUCCCGAGGACCAGGCUCGCCUGCUCGAGGACGCCCUGGUGGCUGUGCGGCAGCAGACGUCGCUCAUGCGAAAAUGUCUCGAUACCCCGGGCAAGCUCAUGGACGCCCUCAAAUGCUGCUCGACCCUCGUCUCCGAACUUCGGACCAGCAGUCUCGGGCCUAAGCAGUACUACGAGCUCUACAUGGCCGUCUUCGAUGCCCUGCGCUACCUCUCGGUCCACCUCCGCGAAAACCACCCCGUCAACCACCUCGCCGACCUCUACGAGCUCGUCCAGUACGCCGGCAACAUCAUCCCGCGCAUGUACCUCAUGAUCACCGUCGGCACCGCCUACAUGUCCAUCGACGACGCCCCCGUCAAGGAGCUCAUGAAGGACAUGAUGGACAUGAGUCGCGGCGUCCAGCACCCCAUCCGCGGCCUCUUCCUCCGAUACUACCUCUCCGGCCAGGCUCGAGAUUAUCUGCCCACCACCGACAGCGAGGGCCCCGAGGGCAACCUGGGCGACUCCAUCAACUUUAUCCUCACAAACUUUGUCGAGAUGAACAAGCUGUGGGUGCGCCUGCAGCACCAGGGCCACUCGCGGGAACGCGAGCAGAGGAUCCGCGAACGAAAAGAGCUGCAGCUCCUCGUCGGAAGCAACAUUGUGCGCCUGAGCCAGCUGGUCGAUCUCGAGACGUACAAGUCGAGCAUCCUCGGGCCCCUGCUCGAGCAGGUGGUGCAAUGCCGAGAUGUCCUGGCCCAGGAGUACCUCCUCGAGGUAAUCACUCAGGUCUUCCCCGACGAGUUCCACCUGCACACCCUCGACCAGUUUCUUGCCGCCGUGUCCCGCCUGAACCCUCACGUCAACGUCAAGGCCAUCGUCAUUGGUCUCAUGGACCGCCUCUCCGAGUACGCCGAUCGCGAAGGCGCAAAGGACAAGGGGCCGGACCAAGCCAAGGUCGAGGCUGACGCCCUGGCCAACCUGCUUCAAAAGGUCAGGCUCCAAAAGGAGACGCCGCAGCCUCCUGCGUCGGACCUCGGUCCCAAACCGGCAGACCUCGCGGGGGAUGCCAAUGGCGAGGGCCAAGAGGGCGAGGCAGCACCGACGCCGGGCAACAACUCCGAUACGCUUGCCGAAGGGUCCGUCGCCGAAACAGACAGCACCGCGGUCAACGGUCAGGACAAAAACGGCAGCAACGUGCAGCUUUACGAAAUCUUCUUUGGUCAGGUCAAGAACCUGGUUGAGGCCCAGCAUCUCCCCAUACAGGACACGAUUGCCCUGCUAGUUUCGCUCUGCAACCUGGCGCUCAACAACUACCCUGAUCGCCUCGACUACGUCGAUCAGAUCUUUGCCUACGCCACCAGCAAGACCAAGGAGAAUAUCAACAACGCCGACCUGCACUCGCCCGCGGCCCAACAGAGCCUCCUGGCGCUCCUCCAAGCUCCGCUGAGUCGAUACGUCUCCAUCUUCACCGCCUUGUCCCUCCCAACCUACGUGCCCCUGUUCCAGUGCCAGUCCUACCCAACUCGGCGCGCCGUGGCCGGCGGGAUUGCGCGAACGCUCUUGAAGGACCAAACCAAGAUUUCCAAGACCGACCAGCUGGAGAACAUUCUCGACAUCAUGUCGGUGCUCGUCAAGGAAGGCUCGCAGGCAUCUCAGGGGUACCCCGGGGCGCCACAGCGGCGGGCCGUGGAGACAGACGAGAUUGUGGAAGAGCAGGGAUGGCUGGCGAGGAUGGUGCAUCUGCUGCAAGCCGAGGACAACGACACGCAGUUCAAGCUGUUGCAGAUGACGUGCAAGGCAUACGCAGAGGGCAACGACCGGGUCCGCACGACGACGCCGCCCGUGAUGACGGCGUGCCUGAAGCUCGCGAGGCGGUUCAAGGCGCGGGAGCAUUACGACGACAACUGGGAGUCCCAAAGCAACGCCCUCUUCAAGUUUAUGCACUCGGCCCUGAGCACUCUGUACACGCGCGUCAACGGCCCGGGCGCCGCCGAGCUUGCGCUGCGGCUGUUCUGCAGCGCCGGGCAAGCGGCAGACAUGACUGGCUUCGAGGAGGUUGCCUACGAGUUUUACGCGCAGGCCUUUACCGUCUACGAGGAGGCCGUGUCCGACUCCAAGGCGCAGUUCCAGGCCGUGUGCGUCAUCGCGUCGUCGCUGCACCAGACUCGCAACUUUGGCAAGGAAAACUACGACACGCUCAUCACAAAGUGCGCUCAGCACGGCAGCAAGCUAUUGCGGAAGCCGGACCAGUGCCGCGCCGUGUACCUGGCAAGCCAUCUGUGGUGGGCCACCCCGAUGACGGGGCAGACGGAAGAGGUCGAGCUCUAUCGCGACGGCAAGCGAGUGCUGGAGUGCCUGCAGCGGGCGCUGCGGGUGGCCGACUCGUGCAUGGAGACGGCGGCUUCGAUUGAGCUCUUUGUCGAGAUCCUGGACCGAUACGUGUACUACUUUGACCAGCAAAACGAAUCGGUUACCACAAAGUAUCUCAACGGCCUGAUCGAGCUGAUACAUUCGAAUCUGGCCGGGAACCAGCAGGAGUCGAGCUCGAUUGAGACGAGCAAGAAGCACUUUCACCAGACGCUGGAGAACAUCCGGAGUAGGCAGUUUGAGGGCGUGGUGCUGUAUCCGAGCUGA